AUGGUUAACAAAAUAGUCAAGAAAAAGUCGUCAAAUUCGGAGUUGACUAGCCUCGCAGACAAGAUACGCCAGCGUGCACUGGAACGUCAAUCCGCUGGCAAGACAUCGCAGCACGACAGUGAUAACCAGGAGAGUUCAGCAGCAGGAAGUCGAAAAGAUGGAAGCGAAGACGAGGAACAGGAAAAAAAACAGGAACAGGAAGAAGAAGAAGCGGAGGAAGGACCCCAAUUUGAAUCUUUCAACCAGCUCAAAUUGGUCCCAGAACUACUGGAAGCAUGCGCCACUUUAAAUUAUUCCAAACCAACACCAAUCCAGGCAGCCUCUAUUCCGCCAGCUUUAGAAGGUAAAGACAUUAUCGGGUUAGCUCAAACCGGUUCCGGUAAAACAGCGGCUUUUGCAAUUCCAAUUCUAAAUCAACUGUGGCACGACCAGCAACCCUAUUAUGCGUGUGUCAUGGCACCUACUAGAGAAUUGGCAGCACAAAUCAAAGAGACGUUUGACUCCUUGGGUGGUGCUAUGGGCGUCAGAACAACGUGCAUUGUCGGUGGUAUGAGCAUGAUCGACCAGGCCCGUGACCUCAUGCGCAGACCGCACAUCAUCAUCGCCACUCCAGGUAGACUCAUGGACCAUCUAGAAAACACCAAGGGAUUUUCGUUGCGCAAACUGCGGUUUCUGGUGAUGGAUGAAGCUGACAGAUUGCUUGAUAUGGAAUUUGGGCCUGUCCUCGAUCGGAUUCUGAAGGUGAUCCCCACCCAUGGAAGAACCACCUACUUGUUUUCCGCGACAAUGACGUCCAAGAUCGACAAGCUUCAGAGAGCCAGUUUGACCAAUCCUGUAAAAUGUGCAGUUUCCACCAAGUACGAGACCGUGGAAACUCUAAUCCAAGCUUUGAUGGUUGUGCCUGGCGGUCUUAAGAACACUUUUCUGAUAUACCUGCUCAACGAGUUUUUGGGUAAGACUGUCAUCGUUUUUACGCGAACAAAAGCAAACGCAGAAAGAAUAUCUACACUGUGCAAUCUGCUAGAGUUUAGUUCUACUGCGUUGCAUGGUGAUCUAAACCAGAAUCAAAGAACCGGAGCGCUUGACUUAUUCAAGGCAGGAAAAAGGGCCAUUUUAGUGGCAACGGAUGUGGCAGCAAGAGGUCUAGACAUUCCCUCUGUGGAUAUUGUGAUCAAUUAUGAUAUACCGGUAGACUCGAAAUCCUACAUUCAUCGUGUAGGAAGAACGGCCAGAGCUGGACGUUCAGGAAAGUCCAUCUCUCUUGUUUCGCAAUAUGAUCUGGAGUUGAUUUUAAGAAUUGAAGACGUUUUAGGGCUUAAGCUUCCGAAAGAAAGUGUUGAUAAGGCCGCGAUUAUGGCUUUGCGUGAUACCGUGGAUAAGGCGAAUGGUGAAGUGGUGAUGGAGAUGAACAGAAGAUCAAAAGAAAAAGCAUUGAGGGGCAAGGGCAGAAACCACAGAGGCAAAUCAAGAGAUAACAUGGACAGAGAAGAGCAGUGA